AGUCCUUCUACAUAUUGUGAGCACCGCCAGAGAGCAUUACAACACACAUUUGAACGGAUUGAAAAUGAUGAGUAUGAAAAGGUGCCAUUCUUCCUGUUUGGAGACUUUAACUUCAGAUUAGACACAUAUUAUUUCAUGAAGGACCUAACCAAAAACCUUGUGGCAGUAGAAAGCCGGAGUAAGAAGAAUAAUGAGCUAGUGAAACUAACAUAUAAAGAGGCAGACAAUGACCAGAAAAUUGUGUUGGUGGUGGAGAAGAAGGGUUUUGACCACUUGCGGAUGAAAGAAAUAUUCUAUGAUAAUAAUGGAUUAUCAUUACUUCCAUAUGAUAAAGAAAUUGAACCAUUCAGAGACAGGGUAUAUGAACAUGACAUCAACUUCCCACCAAGCUAUCCGUUCAGUGAGAGUUUGGAUGAUGGUGUGAACUACAUGAAGACCAGGUGCCCAGGAUGGUGUGACAGGAUAUUUGUCAGCUACAGUGCCAAAAGCAUUAUAGAUGAUUCUAGUGGUCCACCCCUGUAUUUGUGCAUAGGCAAGGAAGUAUGCAUGGGAGACCACAAGCCAAUCUACCUGUAUUUCAACCUGAAACACAAUGCUGGGAAGAUGCCAGAGCUGGUACCCGAGCCUCAGCCUAGUCCUCACAUCCCCCUACGCAAGAUCCUCUCCAUCAACGGCGAGGAGGUGGAACCAGAAAAACUGGAUGAAAUCAACAUCCAUGACUAUGCCACAUUUGAAAAAGAACAGACUCUGCACCCCAUAACGCGGCAAAGUUUCAAACGUAAGGGAGACAGUGAGGGCAUGAACGGGCGAUCUUUUCACGACAUUGCACGUGAUGUGAUGAAAGAGGCAGGCGUUCUGUCAUAUUGGAAAACGCACCCUGGGUAUAGCAGCGUGCGACGCAACAGGCACCACAGUUCAUCCUCGGAGGACGAGUUAAGUGAAAGUCAGUUAGAGGAGGAGGACAGUUUAACUGAAGUGGAACUGGAUCUAGAAGAUGACCACAGCGAAGAGAAGACCAGGGAUGAUGGUGGCGGUGUUGGUCAAAGUCAAAUAGCCUCAGGUGUGGCCGAAGCAGCGUCACAUAAAGCAGUGAGGUUGAAGGCCACAGACUGCUAUCCACAGAUCAAGAUAACACAGGUGAACACCACCAAGUAUCUCCAUAUACGCACCAGUAAAGAUGCCUCGGUCCAGGUGUUCCGAGAAACCUCAGUAUAGCCACGACAUCCUCCUGUUGAUGCGAAACUAGAUCAGGACAACUACAACACCAAACCAUUACUUCUCACAAUAUUUUAAUUACUCCCUACAUGCCUUUGUGGAUGUGUUCUGUUAUAUUUCCUCUUGAGGUGUGUCGUUUUCACCUAUCACCAAAAAUCAUUUCCAUAGUGUAUUUAAAAUUUCAUGGAUAAGCUUUUCUUGCUGUCUAAUUUUCAUGAGUAUUCCAGCUUGGAAUGCACAUCAGACCAAGUAGUUAUCAGGGGCCUUAUACUUGUUAUUUAUUUCAUACAGUGUAGCAGGUUAGAACAAACUGUAGUUCUCUUCUGCCUCUUGGAUGUUUCAUUUUAUGCUUCUGCUUUUGAAACGUGGAGGACAAAUGUAGCUGAAUUCAUGUGCUGGCCACCCCCUUACCUCAGCUGUAAAUACACUGUAGAUGCUAGGACAUAGAAUUUUGUGUAGGCCUAAUUCAAUGAUAUUUUCCCUAGCUAUAGAGAUAGCUAUAAAAGUAAGUAUUUCUGUAUAAAAUGUAGUAUAUGACUCCUUGAAGCGAGACCUUGUAAACAUGCAAGGAUCACAUGUCGGUGAUAAAGCUUAAAAGUGUUGAUAUGAGAAGUGAUCCUCUCAUUCACUUUGUAUAACUGCUGCUUAUACAUUUUGGUUGUAUACAAUGUGCAAUAUUGCAGUGUAUUGUUGAACCGAGGAGUUCUGUAAUUUGUUAACUGCUUGUAUCCAUGCACCAACUUAUUUAAGGAUAAUUAGGAGGAUGAUCACAAGAUAUCUAUACUAAGUCAUGUAAAUAAUAUUAUUUUUAACACAAACAACUUCAUGGAGUCUUUAGAUACUAUAUAUUUUAUUCAUUGUUCCCAUCUUUCCUGAAGUAUUACUAUUUAUUUUACUUACCAAAGAGGAAAGCGAUAUAAUGAUGGUCAAAUAGAUUAUUCAUAUUUGUAGAUAAGUUUAUGACCAUGAUGAUUGAGAAAUAGGUAGUGACAAACCUGUCUUCAAUCAUGCUGUGGACAAAUCUAGAUUUGAUUGUGUUUCGUAUCGAAUUGAAGCACUUAUUUAUUAUACUUGUUAAGAACAUUGUCAAUGUGUUGCUGAUUCCUUAUCUACUCGAAAAGAAAAAAUAACAAUGAUUUAAGAGGGGGGAAGUUAAGAAAGUAACUAGUGUUGUAUUUAUUCUUUCCUUCAUCUUUUUAAAUCAUGAUUGGUAGCAUUUCUACAUCAUACAUAUCUGUGCACCAUCUUUGCCUCUCAUAGAGCACAAUGUCUUUGGCUCAGUAGCUUUAAACUUUGAAAAAACAAACACUAAAAUGCAUUAAGAGCAACCAGUGACUCCUUUGUCUACAAAUUGGGUCACACCCCAUUUUAACAAGUGCUUGAAGCCUUCAGUAUUGAGUGUACAAGUGGUCAAUGAGAUUUGUUUCUUUGCUCUCCUUUUUUUAUAAUGCUGAAGAGAACUAGUUUGUCAGCUUCCAUAUGUGUAAUUGAUGUCUAUAAAAUUGCUGUUAAAUUUCUUAAAUUUACAAAACCAAUGCAUUAUUAACACCUUUUGAUUUCAUAAGUGUAACUAAAAUAUUAUUGUAGAGGCUAGGAUUAUAUGGUUGUAUGCCAAAUAUUAUCACUAUGAUGUUAAAUGUGGGUGGCACUAUUACCUGUAAAAUGUUCAUUCAGCAUAGAAAAAAGUAGUCCACAUCAGAUCAGGGUGCAUUGUAAUUUAUAACAAUACAGUCUGUGCAAACCCUUGUGUAUUUGAAUUCUUUCAAUAUGUAAUAUAAUCAUCUUUUUUCUCAUACAGCAUUCAAGACCAGUGGUAGCCCUAAGCCUCAUCUCACUGCAUUAAAUGCAAGGUACUUUCACAAUUAUAGUUGAGAAUUUCCCCUUUGGUAAGGUUGUCUGUGUAAAAAAAGGGGGAAAAACAUGGGCACUGGUGUAAUAUUUAAAUAUUUAUGAAAUUAUCUUAAGUUUUCUUGUUCAUUUAGACACUAAAAAUUUGAUACAACUAUGCUAUUGAACAUCCUCAGAGUUUUUUUGUUUAUCGUCUUUGAAAGUUACAUAUUAGAUAAUGCCAACUUACAUUUGUGGUGUGUGUGGUGGAAAAUGGUGUUGGUAUUAGUUAAAAACAGACCAUGUGAGGUGGUUUUGUCAUUAUAAGAUUUGUUAGUAUUAAAAUCUUGCAAAUGUGCUGAAUUUUUUUAAUGGUUAGGGUUCCAUUACCAUUCCCACAGCAGUGAUAAAUCAUACAAUGUAAUUUAUUGAUUUAUUUGGAUUCAUAGGGCUGAUAAGGUUAUCUGAGCUCAAAUUAUUUUCUUUCAGAUUUAUUUUCUGUGAUUAGUAGUAUUAUUAAUAAUUUUAGUAUGAAAAUACAUACCUCAUUUUGGGAAGCUGGUCUAGCUCACAAAUUGAAGCCCACUUCUUUGUAAUUUAAAAAAUAUUAAUUUUUGCAGGGGGAAAAGUUAGCAUCCCUUACCUGGAUAUCAGAAAAUUGAAAAAAAAAAAAUGCUCAGAUUUCAUCAAUUUCAGUGAUGCAAUAUCUACAAGCAACAAAUUAUGGUCUUGAGAUUCUGGGACUAGAACUUUCAGUCCGAUUUAGAUUACUGUGCAGAUAUACAUUGACAGCUCCCAUAAAGCUAUUGCUAAAAUAAUUAAGGCUUACCUCUAACUAGUCAGUUUAAUCCUUACAACAUGUGUAAAGGUUAUUCCUAAGGUUUCUGAAAGGCAAGAAAGUUUGGAGGGUUCUCACCAGGGUGGGUGGGAGGUGGGGUGGGGUCAAAGGUCCCAGUUCCCAAAAAGUUGGGAGUGUAGGGGGGUUUUCUUGUUAAAUAUGUGUACUAUCUGGGUACCUGUCUAUAGGCUUGUCAAAGUUGAGGACUCUCUGGGCACUUGUGGGAGGUACCUGGGAAGACCAGUGUAAGGGAAGUGUACAUACAGCUUAUCUGUCAUUGUAACUAUAAGGUGUACAGACCACUAACAAGUAUGAUAUUAGUUUUGAAAUGCAAGGAAUUGCAUACACUUUUGUCUUUUUUCCUGUAAAAAAAAAUUGGGGUGGGGUUGGGAGGACUAACACGGGUUUGGGUUGUUUGAAACCACAUCUUGUCAUACUUGUUGAAUAUAUAAAUAAUAAAUGUCUUUUAACUUAC